GAAAAAUAUGCAGCAGUUUGCAUUUCAUGUAAAGAAAUCGUUUCUCUCUUCAAUUCGUUUCCCAAUUUCCAUUGAUUUUUGGUUAUGGAAACUGAAUCAAUAUUCUCGAGCUUCUCCAACUCACAAAUGAAUGUCGAUUUCUAGAGUUUUGAAUCUCCAUCUUUUCUUCUCAAAUCAAUCGGAGCAUCUCCGAAGAUUUUGAACAGAUUUUCGUCCCCCUGGAGAAUUACACACAGGAUAAAGAUGCUCGGCAUUUCCUACGGAGAGCUGUUCCUCAUUGUUGGAGCUGCAGCCGCCCUUAUUGGUCCAAAGGAUCUUCCAGUAAUAGCUAGAACGGCUGGGAGGUUAGCUGGGCGCGCUAUUGGGUAUGUUCAAGUGGCACGGGGACAAUUUGAAAGCGUUAUGCAUCAAUCUCAAGCUCGUCAGGUGCAUAAAGAACUGCAAGAUACAAUGGCACAACUAGAAGCCAUACGCCAUGAAGUUCGGUCCAUUUCUUUCAUGAACCCUGGUCCCUUGACAACAAGACUUGUUGAUAAUAUUGCUAAUCAACCACCUGUUACAAAUGAGGAAAAGGAAUCUUCAAAACCUCCUCAAGGGAGCAAUGUGAGAGUUGAGAUCCCGGUUGCCAGUAGCACGACCAAGGAUCACAGUCCAUCGACCUUUUCGCUGUCUGAUAUACAUAGCCAAGCAAGCGCAUAUGCAAGAUUGGCUGAAUCUGCACCCUUGACUGCAAAUUCCAUAGACGAAGUUCUUAAUGAGUUAAAGGAUGAUUCUGGUCAGUUCGUUGUUCUACCUAUAUCAGCUGAAACUGCUAAACUGUUGCCCUGUCAAAAAGGUGAUUUGAGUGGAUCCGACUUAUUGUUAGAGGCAGUACUUGAGGAAGAGGUGGCCCGCAAUGCAAAGAGUUUCUUCUCUCAAGCCCAAAACCAAACAAAGAGUGAAUGAUAACAUAUGGUGGCUUUUGAUGGGCAAUUCUUCUAGGGUUUUGUGACAGCGCGUAAAAUAAAUCGCCAGAUUCAUCCUCAAAUGUUGGUGAUAGAUCAAUUCUUCUGUCCCAAAUGGCAUAAUAAAGGUAUAUAGACGCCACGGUUUUGAAGAAUGGAGCAAAUUCAACACAAUCGACCACCAGAUCAACAAAUCCGAUUUGGAUUGAAAUGCUAUGAAUGUGGUGAGCCUGAUCGUGAGUGCUGGAUGAGAGGAGGUUCAGUGCUGCUAGAUGCCGUCGGAGCCCAAGCUAUGGUCGAAGGUAAAUGACUUUGGAGGAGUAGUAUUUAUAUUUGCAAGCCAAUUUGCGACUACUUAAACUUUUUUUGUGGAUUUCAAUUGCAACCCAAUUUGCGACUACUUAAAUUUUUUUUGUGGAUUUCAAUUGCAACGAUUAAUUUUACGAUGGUGAUGAUAGCAUUUCUGUGAUUU